AUGCAUGUCACAGCUGCCUCUCCAUGGAAAAAGAAAGCGGAGUAUGAACCGUCCCAGGGCGCUGAUAAGAAGAGGACGGUCUAUCAGAUGGCACUGAAUAAACUGGAUGAAAUCUUGGCUGCUGCCCAACACACUAUAACCCCAGACAGCCAGGCACAGAGGGGUCACGGGGGCAAGAGGGACCGGGGCAAAAACACUGCUCCCAACUCUCACAACGAGCCAUCCUAUGAUCAGCAAUCUUCAGCGAACAUGGUGCAGUCUGGACCUGGUUAUGGAUAUAACCAAGCGUACUAUCAGCCGGGACAGGGGCCUCAGCACGCAGUUAUGAUGCGACAGAAAUCCUUUGGUGCAAUGGAAGAGGAGCAUGGAUUCCUUCACCCUCCUGCCAUGAAACUCUCCCGGAGCCUCUCAGUACCAGGCCCUGAGGAAAUCCCCCCACCACCAAACACUUCUGCCCCAGAGCCGCCCCUGUCUGCGGGCCCUUACACUGGCAGAGGUCCCGCCAUGCCCAUACCCCCAGUCUCCCAACCCCACUACCAGCACCAUCCCCAGGCAGGGUAUCCCACUCAAGCCGGCUGGGACCGCGGAGGACCAGGGGCCGCGGUUCCCACUCUGCGCCGACAAUCAGAAGGACUUGUCCGAGAGCAAGAAGUGCCGAAACGGGGCGGUGGGAAGAUGGGUGGUCUGAGGCGAGGAUACAGCAGUGCUACACCCCCAACAAGUGCGAAGCCAAAACCCCAGCCUGUGCCACCACACCCCCAGAUGGGCAGCAGGGAACCGUCUGUGGUAGGGGGCAGAGGUGGGACCAGGCGAGGGGGGAGAGGGGCUCUUAUCAAACAGUCGAAAGUGGAGGAUGGAAGUCGACAGCACAGGGGAAAAAGUGGAGCUCCCAAAGAGAAGAGUUCUAUCCCGAUUCCCACUAUCAUUGUGAAGGCUCCAUCCACGAGCAGCAGUGGGCGCAGCAGUCAGGGGAGCAGCAUCGAGGCAGAGCAGUCCCAGGAGGCUGAAGACCCCCCCUCCCCCUCUGCGGACAACACAUCGGACAGUCCCAACAACAGCCUGCCCCAGCCACUAACCACCACCUCACCCCAACCUCCAACUUCCACUACAGCACCUUCAUCAACCGCUCCAACUGUUACAUCCCAACAAACUGUGGAAAACCUGGACCACUCCUCCUCUUUCGGGGCGACGUACGGAGGUCUGGGGAGCGGAAGAGGGGGCGACGGGGCGGGAGCACGCAAGGAACGGGAACGAUUUCGAGACAUGAGAAGAAAAAGUGCUUCUUUUUACUUGUCGUCUGAAGAGGAUAUCCAGGGAGAGGCGGGCGGAGGUGAUGUCGCCGGACAGUACGGCACCAGGAUUCAGCCUUUGCAGGGUUCUCAAAUGGAUGUGCCUAUGCCUCGAUUAAGGCCCUCAAAGUCUAUUGAUGAGGGCAUGUUCUCUGGGGAUAACUAUGUGAACUACUCCAGCAGCAUGCCACCUGCUUUUGGUUUGCCAGAGUAUUCCUCUCCCAUUUUCAGUCACGAUGGCCAGCCCAAGUCAGCUCCCUCUGUCUACGGCCAUCAACCUACUACUACGUUCAUCCAUCCACUGACUGGAAAAGUUCUGGAUCCCUCAUCGCCUCUUGGUCUCGCCCUAGCAGCAAGAGAGAGGGCCUUGAAGGAUGACCGUAGGACGCGGCGUGAUGAUAAAUACUUUGGUCGUCAGAUGUCCACAGUUGGUUUUGCCACUCCCAUGCAAACUCCCACCGCUUCACUCUUCGCGACCCCCUCCCAAUCAACAUAUACCUCUCCAGUUUCAAUGCAUCUCACUUCACCAACUGCCACCACCUCUCCAGCAUCGCUCAGCCGACCCCAAUCCCCAAGAAUAUUGCGUUUGGGCGGUGGAGAAAGAGUGGAGAGGGAAAAGGAAGGAGGACCACGAGAAGGUCUUAGAGUUCGUUUUUCAGAGGAUAGAACUGGUCAAUGUUCUCCUCAAUAUUAUCCCACCUCUAAGGAGGAGGAGAUGUAUAACAGCAAGCCUGUGUCAAUGGUGCAGCCACCCCCACCGCCCUCGCAGCCAGCCCCAUGCAGACCCUCGUUUCUUCAGUUUGAUCCUUCUCACGCUGGAUACAUGCCUCAGUACACAGUCCCAUCCGCCUCAGCCCAUGAGAGUACCAGCAGGGGAGUGGCUGGACAAACCCAAGAUGGUCUAGGACUUAUGGUUCUCCCUCCACCUGCUCCGUCAAUAGAUGCAGAGGAUGAGUUUGUCUUUGUUGACCCACUUCCCCCACCACUACAGUUUGCCAAUGGAAAACAUGGUAGGGGUUUACCGCAUCAGGGGCAGAACACUGGUGCAGCCCAUCCACCACCUCCUCCGACCAGAAAUACCUCCCAGACGACUUCACAAGGGGACUCGGCUACAUCCAGUUUAACCUCGUAUGAUAGCGAAGUGGCCACCCUCACACAGUCCGCCCUGUCACCGUCUUACCCUUCGGCUCAGAUAUUUCCAUCUACAACCACAGAGACUACAGGCUCUGCUGCUGCUGCUGCUCCACCAUCUGUGCACAGGCCACAUCCCAUGUCCCAGUCUCUGCCCUACUACAGUAGCUCUGAUGACCCGUCUGUGAGAGGGCAAAGCCUGGAUCAAGACAGAGGUUCUGCUGCCCUCACAACAACCAUGACAUACACAACUAUCACCAUGACAACAACAACUGCAGCCUCUACCACAACAACUCCUACAACCUCUGACUACAGCAUGAUUGGGUCCAAAGUGGGGAUGGCCCCAGGAGGUAGAGCGGCCGACCACCCACAUCAAUCCAACACAGUUCAUAAAAGCGGAGAGUGGCAGGAUGGAGUGGUGGACUCUGGUAUAGAAGAGCUGGACAGUCACAGCAGUAGUGACCAUCAUUUGGAGAUGCUGGAUGCAAGAGGAAAACUGGGCAGAUCUAAAAUGGAGGAUGGUUUUAGCACCACUUUGGCGGCAUGUUUAGAGAGGCCCAUGGAUAAUCGGCAGGUGACCUGGGUGGAUCUGGAGGAGCAUGAUCAAGGAAGGAUCCAGAGAGGGGCCGUGGCCAUGGACGGUCGAAGAAUGCACUCACCUUUGUCCGGGGUGAAGGCCAAUAUCAUCAAUGAGCUCAGCUCCAAGCUGCAGCAGAUGGGAGGCAUGAAGAGCAUGGACGACUGGAGCCAGACUCCCAAGUCCCCCACCAUGAACAGAUAUUCUGCAGAUUUCUCUGAUGCCUUUCACAGUCCUCCGACUGGUCGCUCCACAUCCCCUUUGCCCACCUCUUCACCGCAGCAUCGUCAGAUCCUGACCCCAAACCUGGCCGCCUCCCCGUCCGUCUCCCCCUCACCUCAAGCUCCAGUGCAGCGUAACUGGACCCGCUCUCCAUCGCCACAGAUUCCCACAUCACCGGUCCACACUCACCCUCCACACUCCCCCACAUACUGUCCUUACCCCACUUCUCCAAAGCAUCGCUCCAAAAUGCGGCGACAGACGUUUGAUUUCCAGUGCAGCCCCACGAAGGAAAUGCGAUCCUCAGUGUCUCGCCGCCGCGCCCCGAGUCCUCUCAUCUACAACACAGAACAGCCCAACCCUGCACCUCCUCGGCCCUCCUCCCUCCCCAUACUGCCCAGCACACCUGUCUACAUCGGCCCCUUUGACUUCCCUGGCCCGCUCACCCCACCCUCCCCCGGACUCCCUCUUGGAGACCCCUACCAGACUUCGACUCCCCCGCUGUACUCACCUUCAGGGAUGCAGAGUCCAAACCCGCUGCUAGUCUCUCGCUCUUUAUCUCCCACCCACUUUCUCUCUGGGGCGUCCUCCCCUCUGCACCUGCCCCCCAGCCCAUCAUGCCUCAACUUCCCUCACCUCACCCCUCCACCACCAGCCAAACCCUUUGCUGUGAAGCCCCUGCCCUACUGGACCAAAUACGACGUAGCGGACUGGCUGAUUUACCUGAACCUGGGGGAACACAGGGACCGUUUUAUAGACAAUGAGAUUGACGGGUCACAUCUGCCGUCGCUAACAAAGGACGACUUCUUGGACCUGGGGGUGACGAGAGUGGGUCACCGCAUGAACAUCGAGCGUGCGCUGAAGAAGCUCACAGACAGGGUACCCAGUUCUCCCAUUCAUGUCACUACUUCCCCCCAAGACACAGACUGA